AUAAAACCCUCGAUGCAAAUCCAUAACUACCUCGAUGUAGCAUGCAUCCAUCCUUAGCAAUAUCUUUCCUCUUCAUAUCGUCUUUCCAACCACUCCAACGAUAUACUUAUCUUCACUGACAAGCUCUCCACAUAAUUGCUUCGGCACGAGCCCAUCUAUGACACCCUCUCCUCGAUAUUCAUCCCACCCUUGAGGGGGACUUUUGAUCAACCUCUGGCUAAAGAGACGCCUCAACCUACGGCAAUAUCGCCGUCAUGUCGGACUCUGUCGAUCGCGUGUUCGUACAUGCUCUAGCCACCGUCCGCCGCCUUCCACGAACAGGAUCAUCGAGGCCUCCUCCCUCAGCGCGCUUACGUCUUUAUGGCCUCUACAAACAGUCUAUGGAAGGGGAUGUCGAGUCCAUUCUCCCUCGGCCGACUCUCCCCUCGGUAUCCCCAGAUCCCAACAAUUCCAAGUCGAAUAAUGUCCAUCGAUAUGCCUCGCGAGACCUUCGGAUACGAGAAGCCGAAGCCGAGAUUGAGAAGUGGGAUGCAUGGCACAGUUGCGCAGGCAUGUCACGAACAGAAGCCAAGAGACGCUACAUAAGCACCUUAAUCGAGACCAUGAAGGAAUACGCCAGUGGCACACAAGAGGCGCGUGAACUGGUUUCGGAACUGGAGUUUGUCUGGAAUCAGAUAAAAAGCCAGAGCGGGAGUUCAGAGGACGAAGAUGCCGACUCACCUAGCCGACGGCUUGAACGGGCUGGGCUGAAGCAGACGCAGAGCUUCGGAAGCAUGCAGCCUGGCCAGAGUAGCAGGUCCGGUCGAGGUAGUCAGGUUCUCAGCAGACUACAGUCCGAUUCAAACCAUCUGAGGGUCUUAUCGCCUGUCUCGCAGGGCCAUAGCAAUGGAAUCGUCGAAGGUGAAGAGGUGGAUCCUGAUACAGGUGCCCUCAUCGGUCCUAUCCACACGACACAAUCCGCCGUCUCGGAGCCUGAAUGGAGGAACCGUAUCGACGAGCAUCUGAAGCAUCUGUCGACCGAGGUGGCUGCACUGCGAGAACAACUUUCAGCAAACCAUCUUCUUUCUUCUUCGUCUUUCUCACCCUCUUUGACAUCGAGACGACGGAGAAUAUUCUACCGGAUAUCCGCCUGGGCGAAAUGGUUGGCAUGGAUCUUCAUACGGCAGAUCAUGUUGGACGCAGGUUUACUAUUAGCUUUCAUACUCUGGGCAAGAUGGAAGGGAUAUAAAGAGCGCAAAGUCGAAGACUGGGCAAGACGGCGGUGGAAUGACCUUCGACGGGGCCUGGUACAUCUCGACGCCUGGUUCAGAGGGACGAUGCCGAUACCCGAACUCCGAUUGCCUAGCUUAUCAAAGGUCUUCUGAGAAAGAUGACUUUGAAUGGUUUCAAAUCAAGACAGUUACAAGCUCACGUCGGCUGGAAUCACCACUUAUGAUUGUGGACCGAAUCAGCUUCAUCAAUGUACGGAAACCUUGCACAGUCAUCAUUCAGCACCAGCAGCACCAGUCACAGCAGGGUGCUUUUAAUUGGUGUAAUCGUUCCUUUGUGACAUGGUUUUACACGGAUAAGCAGUCGUUCCCUGACAAGGACAAGGCAGUAGCACCUUGAAGGAUGUGUAUGAUCGAAGGGAACUUGUGGCUUCAUUGGUGCAAGAUUCAACAACUCGGCGUUGCUACAGAGAUUUUUACAUGGCGCUGGGGAGCUCAAGAAUGGCGUGGCCUCUGUCCAGAUGGUUAGAGACCUCUUCUGCCGUGCUUCAUUCGUCCUCUUACCUGUGAAGGGACUCCAACACGUGCCUUCGAGGCCAGCACGGAUUCCACAUCUCACAACAUUUCGACUCCAUUAGAGUUUUAUUUGCUCGGGUAAAAAAAGAGAAUCCCGUAAUUGGACAACGGGAAGCAAAUCUCAGGACGUGGUUUCCGGGCUGGGAGUGGCUAACUCAGAUGAGCUACGAGUCAUGAAUGUACGUUGGAAAAGAUCGGAUGUUUUUGUAUAGCAUAAAGUUGGGAAAGAUGGCUCAACGUGCUGAAGAUUGCAUUCCUACAUGAUACCCGAGGGAUACGGGACUGUUACCGUCACUUGUGCCAUCACUUCUCGUUGGCUCUUCAGGGCCACGCAUUCCGAAAUUGCCCAUGGACAACGCAGGUGUAAUGCGAAGGGUGGUUGGUCGCAACGCAGUCUUUUCACGUUACAACGCCUGGGGGGAUAGCAGUCCGCCGCCGAGUGUUCGUCGUCAUAUCACGCGUUUGAAGGUUACAUCCCGUGUGCGCUGGUUUGUUUCCAAUUGCCUAAGUCACGACAGCCAGCUCUCGCCGCCGUGCCGCAGCAUGAC